GCCGGGAUCGGGUAGUAGUUCGCUUUGCGCUAUUCGCGCCACAGUCAUCGGCACACGCUCCACUCCUGACUGGUUCGAACUCCUCCGCCUCUCACCAUCCCCCUCUCUCUCGCACGCAUACUCUCUCUCUCGCUCCCUUGUCUCCCCCCUCCUCUCCAUCGGUGUCUCCCUCUCCCUUCGCGGGUCUUCGCCUGACGACGCGGUUCUCUCGGGCAUUCCGGCGGAAACCGACGUCGCGAAAGGACACGUAUUCCGUAGUCUCGUUACGCGUACACGCCGCAGUCGCCGCCAACGCCGCCGCCGCCGCCGCCGCCGUCGCCGCCGCCGCCGCCGCCGCUCUCAUUCGUACUCCGAGUUCGGUACGAGUCGCGAAGCCGGGCUAUCUUCUGGAUUAUCGACGCACAUUACACAUCGUCGCUGUCCAACGAUUCAACCCACAACCAUGAGCACUAAGGAGAAUAACGAGGUCGCCGUGGAGAAGGUGACGGAAAACGAUAAGGCGUCCGCAGACGCGAAAUGCGACAUAAAAGGCAUCAAGAGGCCAGCCGAGGAGAAGAAUGAAGAGUCGAAGAAACAGAAAAAGGAAGAGAACGGAGAUGGAGAAGUAGAAGAAGAGGAAUUAGAAGAAGAAAUCGAAGAGGAGGAGGAAGUAGACGGCGAUGGGGAAGAAGAUGACGACGAUGACGACAUACCAGAAGGAGAAGAAGAUUUAGAAGAAGGCGAAGAUGAGGAAGAUGAUGAUGCGGAAGGUGAAGUGGAAGGAGAAGUAGAAGACGAAGAAGAGGACGCAUAAUGAAAAAAAUAUAUAAUUAUAAAGGGAGAAGUUUAGGGGCACGUAACAUCAUCGUCGAUUUUCGGCAAACUCAGCGAACUUACUCUCAUAUUGAGUGGUUGGUAAUAAUGUUGAUAUAUCCAUCGUGCCCAAUCCGCGUUAUUGGAUCCUCUCUCUUCCGACCUACGAUUAAAAAUUACCACCUCACCGGAAUUGUGGUGGGCUGACACGCAUUAGAUGCGGACGCAAUUCUCUACUUGUCUUGGCUCUUCGCAAUUCUGGUCCUCUAGCCGUCACCAAAUGCUAUUAGGUAGUUUGAAUGAUAACUAUAUAUUCGUCCUGCGGACUCGUUGGGUUUUAAUCCUAUUUGCUAUCUAGAUUCUUAUUUCGAUCGUUCAUUCGCACGGUUCCCAAGACGAAUCUAUCGUUUUAUCCGAACCACCUACUAACUGGUAUUUGCCGUCAUUUGGCUUUCUUCGUCGGGACAAUUUUAUAACGAAAACUUAUUUAAGAUAUAAAAAAAAACUAUUAUAUUUAAAUAGUGUAAAAUGGACAUUUAAAGGUGAUUUUUUUACAUUUGAAAUCAAAUUUACGUUUGUAGUUCGACGAAUGUCUCUCACCUUGUGCGUGUGAUAUUGAGUUCUUCUUCUCGAAUCGAAAUGUGUAAUUGCAGUGUCUUCACAGGAGCGCGAGGCUAUCAAGCAGAAUUAAGCGAAUUCAUACGUAAACAUACGGCAAAUGAAUCAAGUAAAUAGGCAUGAAUGGACAUCUCUCGGCAUUCAAUGUAUACUAAAAACGCGAAAAUCCUUAAAAUAGACGUAAAUACCGCUUCGUGCUCCUGGUUUUGGUAUAGAGACAGGAAUUAAGAUUAAUGCAACGCUCGCGUCAGGUAGUGUGGAUGAGAUAUAUGUGACUUUAAUAUUGCAUAAUAAUUAUACAUAGUAUGUAUAAAGUUAUGGGAUAAGAAACAUUUUAUUAUUAACGAUAAUAUUAUGUAAACGUAAUAUAAUGCGGAGAGAGGUUGUUACACUUUAGGCUUUUGGGCAUAGAUAAGGGAGAGCAUCGAACAGUCAACUUGUCAAGUGUAAGGGCCCCAUUACUCUUUUCGACUUAUUUCGACCGAUUAUAUCAUCUUUUGUAGAGGAUAAGAGUUCAAUUAUACAUAGGUAAAUAUGUAUUUAUAACUCCAGAACUGCCGUACAUGACGCGAAAUUACAGAAAGCAGAAUCCAAUACUAUAUAUUGUGACAUUUAAGUAAUAAGUACUCUCCCUAUUCGAAUGUUCUUAUUUGAUCGUAACUUUUGAGCGUUACUUUUAUGUAUCGUGACUUUAUCUUCACUUCAUUGUGGACUCAUAGCAAUGAUUCAUCGACUGUCGCAAAAUGAAUCGGGGCAAUAUUUAUUUAUUGUAGGUUUUUCCUAUAAUGUACAUUUUUUUUUUCUUUUUCAUAUAUACAUCUACGGUAUAUAUGUUUAAUAAUUGGAAUAUUAAUUAUCAUGCAUUCAUCAGAUUUAUCAAAGCAUCUGAGAAUUUUUAAUAAUUUUCUAUAAUGUUGACGUUAAUUUUCUAUAACGAUGACGUGUCACUGAACACUUGAACGAUUAAAUUAGGAAAUUUGGCUCUUUGUGUUGGAGUCUGUGAAUCAUUGCGAUUGGCAUGUCCAUAUCGCUACUUAUUUUCGGGAGACUGUUAGAUAAAAGGGUGAAGAGACAUUGCGGUUAUACCAUUGUACCAUAGCAGCAUAAUAAUUAAAUAAAGAUAACGAUAAUUUGAAUGCGAGAAGAUGUCCCACGUUUUAAUGUACAAAUAUUUUCGAAUGAGAUAGUUAAAUAAAACGCAGUUAGAUCAGA